UUGCAUUGAGUCAAUAAGGUUAGGCGUGUAAAUCAAAAGACAGCACAUGCUGUGUGCUGAGAAAAUUAAGUUGAAUUGCGUAUAUAUUGUAUUAAAAACAUAGAUAUAUAUACACACCCUUUCAGUUCAUCAAACUCCAACUCUGUUAUCUGAUCCACAACUAUGGCUGAAAAGGUGACAUUUAUGAAACUGAAGGUUGAUCUUGAGUGUGAAAAAUGCUACAAAAAGGUUAAGAAACUUCUCGGCAAAUAUCCUCAAAUUCGAGACCAAAAGUACGAUGAAAAAGGAAACAUGGUGGCAAUCAUGGUGGUGUGUUGUAGUCCUGAGAAGAUAAGGGACAAGCUUUGUUACAAAGGUGGAGGUUCUAUCAAAAGCAUUGAAAUAGUGGAUCCGCCAAAGCCCAAGCCCGCUGAGCCCGAGAAGAAAAAGGAGCCCGAAAAGCCCAAAGCGGCUGAGCCCGAGAAGAAAAAGGACGGCGAUAAGCCCAAGCCCGCUAAAGAGGCGGAGAAGCCCAAAACUGCAGAGCCCGAGAAAAAGAAAGAUUCGGACAAACCUAAGGAUGCGGAGAAGCCCAAGCCAAAGCCUGAAGGUGAGAAGCCCAAAGAGAAGCCUGAAGGCGAGAAGCCCAAAGAUAAGCCCGCCACGGCGGCAUCUAUGCAGAUGAUCCCACAAAUGCCACCGCCAAUGGCAGUUCCGGUUGGGAUGUGCUAUGUCCCAUCAUGCUACGAGGGUAGGCCUGUAGUACCAUACGGCAGCGCGUACCCUCAGCAGUAUGGUGGACCCGUGCAAUAUUAUGACGGAUACUAUGCAAGGCCCGUUUAUGAUAGCUAUGGCGGAAGUGGGCCGUGUUAUGUGGGCCGUUGUGAUCAGUACCUCAGCGAAGAAAACGCAACAGGAUGCACAAUCAUGUGAUUCUUCUUCACGUCAUCAUGUUCAUGAAAUUGUUAAUUUCUUUUUUUUUAAUUACUAAAAUUAUUAAAAUGCAUGUUUCAUAUAUAGAGAGAGACAGAGAGAGAAAAUGGAAGGUUCAUUGGUGGCAUAAAAUGGCAAUAAUGUAUACUAUUAUCACGUUUCGUUCAACUUUUGAUAUAAUAAAGUUGCAAUCUUAUUUGUACA